AUGGGUAUUCAAGAUAUUCUAAUUAAAGCCAGGCUAGAGGGGAUUAGAAAUAUCACUCCUAAAAGUAAUUUUAGAUGGUAUUUUCAAGUUCGUUGUGCUAGAUGUGGAGAAGUUAAUGAUAAAGAAAUUUAUCUCGUCGCAGAAGAAUUUCAUGAAAAAUGAGGAACCCCUGGGACAUUUAAUUUUGUAAUGAAAUGCAAAAUAUGUGAAAAUGUAGGGACUAUCAAUAUACUUAAUGGCUCGAUAAAAAAUUAUAGUGUUUACGGAGCAGUAACAGCAAGCAAAAAUCGUGAUAUUGAAAUUGAAGACUAUGAAGGAGGAUCAAGAGAAGAAUUUCAACCAAUUUGCCAAUGCGAAACUAGAGGUCUGGUUAUUGUUUCAUAUCGACUAAAUGAUGGAUUUACAGUAGAAUCAUUAACGAAUAAGAUUUGGGAAGACGUUGACUUAUCACAAGGAGAUUGGUGUGAGUAUGAUGAAGAUGCAGGCACAGUUGUUGGGAUCUAUGAUAUUGAAACUAGAGUUUCUUAG